AUGCGUCUGUUCAAACCGGGUUGUGCAUAUAGGACUGACCACCGCGCAAGAAGCGGGCCUCACGGGCAUUCGCUCCAGGCCGGUAAGAUACACGCACCCGCCAAACUCAAGACUUCCACAAAAAUUUGCGAAACCAUGAGAGGCCUUUCCCUAGCUCUCCUUCUGGUUUGUAGCCUUGCAAUCGCUUCGGCAUGCAGCUGUCCAGAUAUCACGUUUCAGGAGAGGUAUGGUUUCACGAAAUCGCUUGUCAGGGCAAGGGCAGUUUCAGUGAGACGUUUCAUAGCCUCAACUCCAUUCCCGGGGGUAGUCACGUUCAUUUUCAAGCUCCGUCUGAUGAGGGUAUUCAAGGGCUGUGCCCCACAGAAGUUCUUCUACGCAACGACAAUGUUGGAUGGCGGGACUUGCUCUUCGGUUCUUACUAAAGGAGACACAUACUUGAUUCAGUUGCCUGUAGAGGUCGAAAACGAACCUUCCUCGGCUGCAAACCCAUACAAGUUUUACGGAUGCAACAGUGCAAAUGCGUGGAAGUAUAUCCCAAAGAUUGAACGCCGUUUCUACAGGAAGCAAAGCGUGAAACCCGAAAACCAGUGUAUGGCUUGA